GCCUGGCAGUGUGAUGGGCUGCCUGACUGCUUCGACAAGAGUGACGAGAAGGAAUGCCGGUCUCACAAUGUACCUAGAACUGGCUGGACUAGAACUCAUUAUGAAGAUCAGUCUGGCCUUGAACACACAGAAAUCUACCAGCUUCUGCCUCCUGAGUGCUGUGAUUAAAGCCAAAGCAAAAUCGAAAUGUGGCCCGACCUUCUUCCCCUGUGCCAGCGGCAUCCACUGCAUCAUCGGCCGCUUCCGCUGCAAUGGAUUUGAGGACUGUCCGGAUGGCAGUGACGAGGAGAACUGCACAGCGAACCCCCUGCUCUGCUCCACAGCCCGCUACCACUGCAGGAAUGGCCUGUGCAUUGACAAGAGCUUCAUCUGCGAUGGGCAGAAUAACUGUCAAGACAACAGUGACGAGGAGAGCUGCGAGAGUUCUCUAGAACCAGGCAGUGGGCAGGUGUUUGUGACCUCAGAAAACCAGCUCGUGUACUACCCCAGUAUCACAUACGCCAUCAUCGGCAGCUCUGUCAUCUUCGUGCUGGUGGUGGCCCUACUGGCACUCGUCCUCCAUCAUCAGCGAAAACGGAACAACCUUAUGACUCUUCCUGUGCACCGACUACAGCAUCCUGUACUGCUCUCUCGCCUGGUGGUCCUGGACCACCCCCACCACUGCAGCGUCACCUACAAUGUCAAUAACGGUGUUCAGUAUGUGGCUACCCAGGCCGAACAGAAUGCCUCAGAAGUAGGCUCUCCACCCUCCUAUUCAGAGGCCCUGCUGGACCAAAGACCUGCAUGGUAUGACCUUCCUCCACCACCCUAUUCAUCCGACACCGAGUCUCUGAACCAAGCUGACCUGCCUCCUUACCGCUCACGAUCAGGAAGCGCCUACAGUGCCAGCUCCCAGGCAGCCAGCAGCCUCCUGAGUGUGGAAGACAGCAGCCACAACCCAGAGCAGCCUGGCCCUCCAGAGGGCACUGCUGAGCCCAGAGACUCUGUGCCCAACCGGGGCACUGAAGAAGUAUGAAAUCCAGCAAUUCCAAAGUCCAUAUGGGUAGAUCUUCUCCGACUUGUUGAAUUCUAACAGACUGUGCUCAUGGGACGCUCUUUGAUCUCCUUUUGAAGAUGUCUUUAGUUGAAAUUUUGAGGUGCUGACUGCACUUUCUCCUCAGAUUUCAGGGAUGUUGUCCUCUGGCCACUUAGUUAACUGGAUGCAUUGCUGUCUUCUCUGCACAGUUGCUGUUUGUUCCUUUGGGGCCUGUGAUUAACAGACUCACGAUUCAGAUGACUGUGCUGUUGUUGGUCCAUCCCAGUAGUCUUGUGCCUGGGCAGGCAUGAGUGAAGCCAUGUGUAAAUAGUCUGUGGCAGGGUUCUUAGGGCCAUGACAAACAUUCAAGAGGUCAGAAGACAUCAGGCCAGAGUCUCUACUGAGCUGCCACCUUAUAAAUACAUUUGGAGACUUAGCUUGAAGGAUUCUUACAAAAGGCCAUUAUUGGAUGGCCACUCCAAAAAGUGUCCAGGAGAGCAUCAAGUCCCACCGUGUACUCUCCUAUGCAUCGAUCUUACUUCAGCAGAGGCCAAAGAAAUAUUCUGACAUGAGCAACAGCUUUCAACUCUCAAAACUCUAGUUUGGUUUUGUGAAAGACUCAGAAACCUCCAUCCUGGCCUUAUAAAUUUGCCUAAGAGUCCUCAUUUAUUUUGAGAGCUUUCUGGAAGUAAGAUCCUCAGCAUCACCCUUGAAGAAGUAGGAAACCCCUGCCAUGAGUUCUUAGCUCCCAAUGUGUAGGUUACCAGAGUCUGGUCCUGCCUUGGCCCCAUAGUCCUUUUCCUGCCUUCUGGAUUGUCCCCUUCCAAGAUGACCCACCAUAGCUAAGGAUGAGGACCUAAAUUAAGUUGGCCAAAAUUCUGAUCUAACCCUUUUCCUAAGAGAACAGGCCCAGCCUGACAUGUUCUUCCAUGCAGCUUCCUUGAUAGCUCCUAAGUUCUGUGAACACCUGGGAGCCUGUUUUCCAUGUGCAUUUGGAUGUAAGGACACAAGUUUUUUCUAACUUACAUGAGAACCACAUUCAAUACCACCCAUGAGAACUCUCAGGUCCCUGUACCACACACACACAAACCCCAGGAACAGUGCACCAAGUCAGGGUUACGUUAGAGUGAGGGUCAGGCCCAGCCAGACAUCCUGGCAGUUUCUCUUGAGAGAAGUGGGCAAUAGAUAACUUGGAGUCAAGAGUUCCCAUUGGAUUUUUUUUUUUUUUAAAGUCUCUUAGAAAUGCAUUUGAAACAGUGUGUUUGUUUUUUCCCUUCUAGUUAAGGGACUAUUUAUAUGUGUAUAGGAAAGCUAUCUCUUUGAUUUUCUUGUUUCUCUUUUAAUGAGGUCCAAAGAAAGAUGCAAAAAAAAAAAAAAUGCUGCCUUUCCCCAACCCCAUCCCAUAAUGUCACCUCAGACUCACAUACACGCCAAGUAUCUACACUGGGGCAUCGUGGAGUCAUUAUUUAUUGAGUUACUGAAACAUGCAGAGACAAGUCAUCCAUCCAUUGUCUGUAUGUUUGGAUUACUUUUCUUCUUUCUCAAUGUCUAGCCAGCCCUAGUGCAUGCUACCACCAUGCACCCCUGCCAACCAGGCAAUCAUGGGUAAACCAUACUAACUAGGGACAAAACUGGAACCAGAUGGUGCCACCUCAGGCAGCUGCCACCCAUUCAAAGCAUUUUUUCACAGCUAACGAAAGUUUCAGUAACCUGUUUGAUGCUAAUUAAAAGGGAGCCUGCAGGGAGCAGGGAUGAAGUGGCCUUCAAUGACGCUGUACUGACUUCCUUUUCAACCAAAUCCAAACUAGACUGCAGGAAAGAUAGCUAGCCACUUGGGGUUUUGUUUGGUUUUGGUUUUGUGUAAAUAAGCCUAGAUGUUUGUUUCUUUCAUUUUUAAAAUAGAAACUGAGUUGGGGUUUGUGUGUGUGUG